ACUUAGUUUGGCCCCGCCAAGAGCCUCUGUCAUGACCACUAGGACAGGCCUGAAGCGCCAGCGAGUAGCGGCAGCUUGCGCAAAAUGUCGAUCAUUAAAAGCCAGGUGUGAUGGCGUUCGCCCAGUUUGUGGUCGCUGUUCAGGCUAUGGAUAUAAUUGUUCUUGGCCAGAGAAUUCAUCUUCUCGUGAUUUUCGCCAAUCUACACCAACAACCUCAAGUUGGUUGAGAAAAGACACAAUUCAGUAUCGGCGUCAUGUUAUACAGUCAUUCAGGGAACUCGCGGCUACGAUUCAGCCGGUGCUUACCGAUGUCGAACGCACAAGCGUUGAAAGCAGCAUAAAUUGCAUCGAAAACCAUAUAUCAGACAGUAACAUUUUCACUGAACCGCAAGGAAGCCCUGAAAGAGAUCUAAAUGCUGGAUACGACAAAUUGAAUGCACCCCUCACCAGGAACGCCUCCUAUACGUAUGUUGGCAAAGCGAGCGAUAUCCAUUUCUUCAACGCAGUAAAAGAGAGUUUGCAAGAAGAAAUCGAGUUCUCCGACGAGUGCGCCACAGAAAAGUCUCCGGAGACAGAUUUCGCAAUCAGCAACUAUAACCAGCACAGUCCAGUCAGUGUCGCGGGACCCUUCGAUACGCAACCAGCUUUCCCGGAGCCGGACGUCGUCAUCAAGUACUUGGACAUUUAUUUUUCGACAAUUCAUAUUGCCUAUCCUUUUCUCUCGAGAGAAUAUUUAGAGUCAAAGUAUAGAGCACUUCGAGGGAAUAGCAUCGUUGCGGAGGACUGUUCUUCGGUAGCCAUAUUAUAUCUUAUUUUUGCUAUUGGCUCCUACUAUCUUUCGUACCCUCGCUUUGGGUCAUCGGCAAGCCAGCAGCACUUGAUUUACUUUGAGAAAGCCAUGAUCUUCUCGGCGCAGGUCAAAUCCCAAUGCACCCUCGAGAAUGUCCAAAUGCUUCUUUCAGAAUGUUUCUUUCUGCUUGCGAUAUGCCAGACAGACAGAUGUUGGAACACUCUUGGGAUGGCAAUACGCAUGGGACAAAGCAUUGGCUUGCACGUUGAAAAUGCCCCUUCAUCAAAGCCAAGCAGCAAAGUCAAUCCGUUCGAAGUUGAAAUUCGUCGACGAACAUGGUACUCCCUGUUCGUUCUCGAUCGUCUCUUGGCUCUGCAGCUAGGACGACCAUUUGCAAUACAGGAGACCGAUUUUGCCGUUCCUCUCCCGUCUCGAGCUUCAUCUGAUUGGAGUGUCGAGGACGAAUUAUCGAGUCAAACGGCGGAGCCAUCAGUUAUAGAUUAUUUCCUACGGGUCAUUGAGUUUUCGAAACUCCUUGGCAAAGUAAUACGUGAGCUAUAUGUCCCAACUCAGGAGGAGUCUUCUCUCGGGAGCAUGUUAGCGAGCACAUCUGCUCUUGAUCAAGAGCUUUUGGCAUGGAAAUUCGACUUGCCCCGUCACCUACGAUUUGACUUGGGCCAUACUUUUGAAAAAGAUAUCAGAUUUAAGAGACAGCGAAAUAUGCUCGCAAUAAAAUUUCAUAAUCUGCGCUCAAUGGUACACCGUCCGUAUCUUGGACUUCCGUGGUUCCAAGCCAAAAACACGGCGUUGAUGGAGUCAAUUCGAGGGCUAGAAGCAAUGGUUGAAGAGUCAGAGAGAAUAUGUGUAUCUGAGGCAAGAGCAACGGCGCACCUGCUCCACUCCAUUGAGGAUGAACAAGCGCUCGUGCAUGACUUCCCGUGGUGGCAGAUGAUCUCUUGUUUGAUCUGCGCAAGCUCAAUACUAUUCGUCGCAAGCACCGUCGUUUGCAAGCCUCAGAGGAGGAUGGAUCCAGAUCCUUCGACUUAUGCUGACGAUGCAAACACAUGUAUCAAAGUAUUUGAAGCGCUUAGUGCUCGUUCUGACGCAGCGCGUCAUGCAACAAAAAUGAUGCAAAGUCUUACUGAAUUGCGGUCUUUGCCCGAGAACAGUAAUGAGCGUCGGUAUUCUGCUGCGAGUAUCAAUCAAACCCUUUUGGGUGUCGACUCGACAGUCGCCCAACCUGACGUACCAUUUGAAGGGCCGCCUGAUUGGAAUCUUGCAAUGGAUCUAGUUGCGUUGACUCAUUGGUCUAAUGAAGCUUCGGACUCUGUUUUAUGAAGUCGAAUAUUAUAGGAAAUUUGGACCUCUCGUCUAUGAUCAGUAUUUCGCAAGAUACCUAUUUAUCUUUUUUAUAUGUUUCUUGGCGUUGAAGCUUUGGGAUAAAAGGAAAAAUGGAAUCCGAUAGCCAUUCCUCUAGCUAAUCUAUGACAAGAACGAGAAUCCCGACUGUGC